CACAAGCACCGGCACGCCAUGGUCCGCAUCAGCGAGGAUCUGAUCCGCCGCAGAGCAGAGCACAAUAAUGGCGAGAUCUUUUCCCUGGAGGAGGUUUCCCUCCAUCAGCAGGACAUUGAGAGGAUCGAGCACAUUCACAAUUGGUGCAGAGACCUCAGAAUCCUUUACUUACAAAACAACCUCAUCCCUAAGAUAGAAAAUGUGAGCAAACUAAAGAAGCUGGAAUAUUUAAAUUUGGCACUGAACAACAUUGAAGUCAUUGAGAAUUUAGAAGGCUGUGAGAGCUUACAGAAACUGGACCUCACAGUGAAUUUUGUGGGUAAGCUGAGCAGCGUUGAGUCUCUAAAGCACAACCAUCAUCUUAGAGAGAUCUACCUGGUUGGAAACCCCUGUGCUGAAUUCCAGGGAUACAGACAGUGUGUAAUAGCCUGUCUCCCUCAGCUACAGUGGCUGGAUGGGAAAGCAAUCGGACGAGCUGAGCGUAUCGAGGCAUUACAGGAACUGGAUGCAGUGAGAAAGCGCGUCUUAGAGCAGGAGGCGGCGUAUUCAGAGAAGAGAGAGAAGCAAAAAAUUAGUGCCUUAAGAGAAACGGAAGACCAAGGGCAAACACAGAACCAUCCUCAAAUAAACCAGUUGGUCACUGAGACACAAACUGGAAUGACUCACCAGAAUCAGGAAUCAAGCUCUCACACAGACGCAGAAGAUAAGGAAAGGGAAUUCUGGGAAAAGCCAUGCGCAUUUACACCAGAGUCCAGACUAGAAGCCCAUCGCCAUCUGGAGGAAAAGAAAAAGACAAAGGAGAGAGAGAGAGAGAACCAUGAAGCCAAAACUCCCAGAUCUCUGAUCACUGCAGAUGGACGAGUGCUGAACGUCAACGAGCCCAAGUUGGACUUUAGUCUUACAGACGAUGAGAACAACAACUGCAUGCUAUUGGACUUGCAUGUAUACAGGCAUCUGGACACCUCACUGCUGGAUGUGGAUGUUCAGCCAACGUACGUAAGAGUGACCAUCAAAAGAAAGGUGUUCCAGCUGGUUUUGCCUGCAGAAGUUAAACCCGACAGCAGCACAACCAAGAGAUCCCAAACCACCGGCCACCUGCUCCUCACACUACCCCUGGCACAGGGAGAGAUCAAACCAAAGAAACACAUUGCUAAACCAAACAGCACUAGAGGUGACCUAAAAACUGAGAAAAACAAGACAAGGAUGUCGCAUGGGCGUGAAUUAUUGGAGGUGGAUCCCAGUAAAAGUCUCGCUGGGAAUCUGGCCAACAUUGUUUCCAAAGGAAAAUAUUUUUCCCACCAACCCCCGCAGGUAUUACAGGCACAUCAGCAUUGUGGCUUUGAGGAGAGGCCUGUGUCAAAAGACUUUGUGGAUGAUCCAGAAGUGCCUCCGCUCAUGUGAGGGAGGGAGAGAGAAGAGAGAGAGAGAAAAUAUGCUAUGCUAUGACACAGCAAGAGAGCGUAAGUGAUAAUCACACACUCUGCUGAGCUUGUGGAAGUGUGUGUGAUGAAAUAAUGUGCAAUAUAUUUAGCUCUUCUCAUUAGACAUAUAGUCGAGUAGAUGAGUAAUUGUCAGUCUCAUUACAGCGUACUGAAUAUUUCACCGCUAAAGGCUUGUCAUCUGUGUGUGUGCGUGCGUGUGUGUGUGUGUGUGAGAUGAUGAACCUUUAGCGGUGAAAUAUUCAGUACACACACACACACACACACACUAUUCUGAAUGCUUUUUAAUCUUGUUUCAAACUGUGUAUAAGCAUU